CGACCACCAACCUUUCCUCCCCCACCGACACCUUCUCCAUCCCUUCCUCGCUCCCCUUCCUCGUCGCAGUUGAGCCAGCGAGUUGGUUUGCUUCACACGCUCAGAGAGGAGAGACAGAGACAGAGGCCUGAGCCGGCGAUGAAGGGGACCCGGUGGGCGGCAUUGCUGCUUCUUCUGCUUACCGCUUCGGCGGCGGCAGCGGGGGUAAGGAGGGAGAAAGCCGGCGAGAAGGUGUGCAGCAAGGGGUGGGAGUGCAGCGGCAGCAGGUUCUGCUGCAACGAGACCAUCUCCGACUACUUCAAGGCGUACCAUUUCGAGGAGCUCUUCGCCAAGCGCAACGACCCCCAGCUCGCCCACGCCGCCGGCUUCUGGGACUACCAGGCCUUCAUCACCGCCGCCGCCCUCUUCGAGCCCAGCGGGUUCAGCACCACCGGCGGCAAGGAGAUGGGCAUGAGGGAGGUCGCCGCCUUCCUCGGCCAUGUCGGCGCCAAGACGUCCUGUGGAUAUAGUGAAGCCCCUGGUGGUGAUACGGCUUGGGGGCUUUGCUACAACCAUGAAUUGAGCCCAAGCCAGAGCUAUUGUGACGAUAGCAACGAAUUGUAUCCCUGCGUUGAAGGAGUUGAGUACUAUGGCCGAGGUGCUCUUCCUGUUUACUGGAACUACAACUACGGUAUCGUGGGCAAGGGUAUUAAGCAGGAUUUGUUGAACCACCCAGAGCUAUUGGAACAGAAUGCCACCCUAGCAUUUGAAGCAGCUAUUUGGAGGUGGAUGACUCCAAUGAAGAGGAAGCAGCCAUCUGCCCAUGAUGUGUUUGUUGGUAACUGGAAACCCAACAAGAAUGACACAUCGUCCAAGAGGUAUCCUGGCUUUGGUGCUACCAUGAACAUCCUAUAUGGUGAUCUCAUAUGUGGACAAGGGCUCACUGCUAAGAUGAACGUCACUAUAUCCCAUUACCAGCAUUAUCUCGAUUUGAUGGGAGUUGGUCGUGAGCACUCUGGAGAUAACCUAGAUUGUGCAGACCAGGUGGCUUUCAAUCCAUCAUCGAAGAGUUCUGACUCCUAAGAAAGCUCUGUUUCAAAGAUCCGCGGAUGCUUCCCUGUAUAAUUGGGUCUGCUACCUAUCUUCCUCGAGCUAUAGAGAUCAUGUCUGUGAAACAAUACGGUGUUUUUCCAUACAUACUUGAAGCAUAGAAUUAAAAAUGAUCAUGAAUCAACUGUACUGUAAAUUAUGUUGUUUAUGUCAAUUGAUGUAUUUUAUUGUUCGAUGGCCUUUCUUUUUCUAAAAAAAGAGGUACUGUAAUACUGCUUUGCUGCUUUCAUUAAUAUCAUCUGAGCAACAACCUUUUUCUGUA